CUCUGAAAGAGCGUGCAGGCCCCAGCCUGGCGGGCCCCAGGCUGGGCAGGGCCCCUCACCCCGGGGGCACAAUGGGAGCAGCCACCGGCCGGGGCGGGCCGUUCCUCCUGAGCUCUGUCUCCGCUGAGGACAGUGAACUCAGUCCCGUGGACUGCUCCCUGUCCUGUUCUUUUUUGUUUUUUAUAGGUGAUUGUUUUAACCUCAGUUUGAAAUCUCUCCCUGUUUCAGUUUCGUAUUGAUAGUUUCUAGCCGUCGUAGCCUUUGGUUGUCUGCAGAUUGUAAUUUGAAAUCAGGAGAGCAUGCAGAAUCUGUCCAGCUACGGCUUAAGGUUCUAUCUUAAAUGAGUUCGACUCCGUUUUGCACUAAGCCCCUUGGUUGUCACUGAGCCGCUGUGGGGCUGCAGUGGAGCGAUACUCUACACAGUCGCAUUAAAAAAGCCCAAGUUGGCUGCUCAGGUCUUGCUGUUUGUACAAACGCCUGCCACUCACGUUUUGAGAACUCGAGCCCUGCCUUAACCACGGAGCCCCAUGGAUCAGUAAGACCUGCCGGGGUUAACGUUUUCCCCACCGCCUCCUUCCUGUCCUCACGUUCCCCGACACGGGAAAACUGGCAGUCUGAAGGAGAGGAUCUUCCAGUGGAAGGCCAGGACUGCUUUGAGCCGGCUUGAACAAAUUGCUUUUAAACCGCGUAGAAAGACCUCAGUUUAUAGCAUCCGUCCUGCACGUUGAGACGUAUGAGACAGACAGGCGUGUCUGGGAUGGAGGAGUUAGAUCCCUUUUCGCUUUUCCACUUGUUACAGAGUCCAGGAACGUGCAUCACUACUCAAAAUGAUAAUGGAUCAUGGUACAAGCUAUUUCUCUUUUUCUCCCAAAACAAAAAGUUCUGGACAGUUUACCCAAGAGGUUUCUGCCCUCUCUGGUGUUUCUUCUGAAUGCAUCAGGAGAUAAACACGUUCAUCUUCAGCUCCUCAUCAGGGACAGUGAGUGCCGUGCGUGCUGUGUGAGGACGAGGUUUUGGGCGUGGUUCAGAUCUCGGUGCCCUUCAGUGGCUGUCCUCAUGGUGGCCUAGGAUCCUAGGGCGGGCGGGCCCUCGGGCUGCGAGGAGGCUCAGGAGGAGGAGUGCCCAUGUGUCCUGCCCGGGUCUCUGCGCUCGUUCUGGUGCUCGUAGGCCAGGAGUCAGGCUCUGCUCUGUGCUCCUGCUCCUGAUAAGUAAGACGGUCCUUUAACGUGGCGUUGGGCUAAAACGAGGCUGGUUGUACUCAGCAGAAAGCAUAGCUCAUGGAUUUCCACAUAAGUUUAUGGUUAUAAUUUAAAGCCUAUGUGUUGUGGGGUUUUUUUGGUCACAGUGUGUUGUUCACUAAUUUUACACUGGUCUCAACCCCUCAGUUGCCAGCCUCCCUAGAAGAGGUACGAGACGACAAGACGACAAUAAAAUGUGAAACCUCGCCCCCGCCCUCCCCGCGGUCCCUUCGGCUGGACAGGCUGCACAAAGGGGCGCUGCACAUGGUCGGCCACAAGGACCUCAGGGACUUACGGAACUCCACAGGCUCACAGGACGGCCCCGUGAGCAACCCCAGCAGUAGUAAUAGUAGCCAGGACUCGCUCCACAAAGCCCCCAAGAAGAAGGGCAUCAAGUCCUCCAUCGGCCGCCUGUUUGGCAAGAAAGAAAAGGGCCGACCUGGACAUGCUGGCAAGGAGUCAUUAGGACAAGCUGGUGUUUCAGAGACCGAAAACUCAGCUCAGGAUGCCUUGGGACUCAGCAAACUGGGAGGACAGGCGGAGAAAAACCGAAAACUUCAAAAAAAGUAAGCUUUUCAUUAUUCGUCCAUCUCACUGAACACUUCUCGGUUGUGCCUGAUUUUUA